GCGCCUGAGGAAGACAGAUCUCUUCCCGGGUGCCUUGUGGACAUUCCAGCACCCCAACAGGACUGGACCCGCGACAGAGGCCCCCUCCUCGGCCCUGCUGUCUCCCCCUGUUGGUUCCGCUCGCCCAGGGCCCCCUGCUCUCUGCACUCUCGCCCUGUGUUCUGUGUCCGCCUGCCUCUGGGGCUGGCUGAGCUUUUCUUCGGCUCUUGGAGGCCCAGGUAGUCAGGUGCAGAGGGAGCCAGAGAAGGAAGCAAGUGAUUGGAGCACGGGAGAGGCCGGAGCUCCUGAGCCCGGAGUGGCAGGGAGCCAGUGAGUGGAAAUCAGAAGUGUGGGGCCCAGGCUGUGGCGCCUCACCCCUCAGAGCUCUGCCUUCCUCCCCCAGCGCCCACGGUUCCUGCCGCAUCACAUGGGAAGGAGGGAGAGCAGGUAUGAUGCUGGGCGCGACGGCUUCAUCGACCUGAUGGAACUGAAGCUGAUGAUGGAGAAGCUGGGGGCCCCCCAGACCCACCUGGGCCUGAAAAGCAUGAUCAAGGAGGUGGACGAGGACUUCGACGGCAAGCUCAGUUUCCGGGAGUUCCUGCUCAUUUUCCACAAGGCCGCGGCGGGAGAGCUGCAGGAAGACAGCGGGCUGCUGGCGCUGGCCAAGCUCUCAGAGAUCGAUGUGGCCCUGGAGGGUGUCAGGGGUGCCAAGGACUUCUUUGAAGCCAAGGCCCAGGCCUUGUCCUCUGCCAGCAAGUUUGAAUCCGAAUUAAAAGCUGAGCAAGAUGAGCGGAAGCGGGAGGAGGAGAAGAGAAGGCUCCGCCAGGCAGCCUUCCGGGAACUCAAGGCUGCUUUCAGCGCAUAGUCCAGCAGACCCUGACCUCCACCCACAGCGGUGCCUCCACGGUGCCAGGAGGGAUGGCCCAGCGUCUUUACCCCUGCAGGCCCCUCCAGCCUCCUCCCUGGCCCCAGGCCUCUCCUCAGCCUCACUUGGGUGGCAAGGGGCUGCCGCCCCGCCACUGUUCUGCCCCUGCAAGAGGGUCAUGGGAUGGCCAAGUCCCCCUUGCUCACCUCUCUGCCCUCCCCUGAAGCCAGGUUCAGCCUUCCCCUUCCCUUGCUCCACGCCAGUGAGUAGCCUUUUGUGCUCAUUUGUAUAGAAAUUCUUUCUUUUGUGGUCCUCAGAGGACAUGUUAGCUCGCCAUUUUCUUGGGAAAUCCUUCUCUCCUCCCAUUUCUGUUGUCUUUCUUGGUCAGAUUCUGCCAGUUGCUUUCGUGUGGUCUUCUGUAGUGGUGGCAAGAUCCAAGGAGGCCAGGUGGACCACUGCCCACCCGCUCUCCAGCAUGGGGAGGACUCGACAUAAAGACGGGGAGCACUGGCCUGCAGCACCCCCCUGGCCCUCCCUCUUCACUCCCCUGCUCCGUGUCUCCCUCCUUGGGCGGUUCUGUCUUCCACACCUAAGUGCCUGCCACUCACCCGUGAGAAGGAAGGAAUCACUAGAAGUACUGCUAAUGAGUAGAGGGGUUCCAGGUCCACUCUAACUCUGCAGAUCAUGUUACAGUGGACCCCUCAGGUUCCCACGAGGUCAGGGACACAACCAGUGCCUUUUGAAAUCCCCAAAGUCAUGGCCAUCCUCUCCAUCGAGCCAAUUUCCAACAUCUGCUUCAAGGUAUUGAGGUAAAUCUGUUCUUACCCCUAUGAUAGAUUUUUAUAUUUGUGAGUUCUUGGGAUUGCUCACACGGACCAGGGUCUUGUUGUAUUUUUUUUAAAAAAUAUUUCCUAUUGUCAUAUUUAUUACUUCUCUUUUGCAACUUCUCUCUUUAGGGUAAAGAAACCAUCUGCAUUUCUACCUUAAAGCUCUUUCUUUUUAAAUAAACUGUGCAAAUGAACUUGGCCAUCA